AUGAUUUCCAACACUUUUCCAAAAAUAAGGAAAACAUCAAAUAAUAGGGCCCUCCCAGGAUGGAUAAAUACAAAGAACAAAUCAACAAACCAUAAAACACAUCUAGAUUUAUCAGACUUACUGCUGAAAAACAAAGCCUCUGGGUUCCCUUCCUUGUUUUAUGAGUCAUUGCCUUUUCUGCCUCUUCUCUUCUUUUCUCGCUCUGCUGCUCUGCGGUGUGACGAGGUCGAAUCUUCUCCCCAACCAGCCCAAGACUUUCUCCUUUUAGACGCACUGUUCUAUUUUUCUCCUUUGGCUGCCACCGCCACUGCUGCACAGCUGGUGUCGGUGCCGUCCCCCCACCCACCUCUAGCCCCCACAGCCUAUGACUCAGGCCGCUUUGGGAGAAGACGCUUUAUCCGACUCUUUGGGCCAUUAUCUCAUGGCGAGCUUCAAGUUUCAAGUGCUUGCAAAGUAUCUCAAGUAUAUGUACAUGUUCUAUCUGAUGCGAGAUGUGUGUUUGAUAUGGCUGGAGAACAUGGUUUCAAGAUAAGCAUUUUAGACAAUGGUGGAGACUUCACAGGAACUGAAAUUCAGUUGGAAGAGGUUAAUCAUGUUAUCAGACCUUUAUCGGAUAUCUACUUUCCUGAAGGAUCUGGCUUUAAGAUAAUUUCAGAAUCUGGAAGCUACUAUGUGUGUUCUGCAUUUACACUUGCAGUUAACAUCAUUGCAAAGGAAGUUGUUGAAAAUGAUAAAUUUUCUUCUGGAGUAGGAAAAAAUGGAAGCGAUGAUCCAGCCUGUAUGUAUCACGUGAAUGAAGGUGACUAUGGUUCUUUUGCAAGUAAAGUGUCAGAGGACUUUAAUACCAUUCCAGAGGUUCACAAGAAAUACAAGGAAGAUGAGCUUUUGUUUACAAGCAGCCUUUGGGGUCCAUCCUGUGAUGAGCUUGAUAAGAUUGUAGAAAUUUGUCUUCUUCCUGAGCUGAAUGUGGGAAAUUGGCUUAUCUUUGCUAAUAUGGGAGCAGAUUCUUUCCAGGAGCCAUCUGCUAUUAAUGAUUUUCAGAGACCAUCUAUUUAUUACAUGAUGUUAUUUAGUGACUGGUAUGAGAUGCAAGAUGCUGGAAUUCCUUCAGACACAAUGAUGCGCUUCUUUGUGCCUUCUUGCAUUCUACUAAGUGAAGAGGACUGCUUUCCCACUGAAGCUUAA